GUGUACAUUUUUGUUGUUUUCAUUUGGGAAAAUUAAAUCUCUUUGUGAUAUUUUUCAUUUCUCGUUAACUGUCAUCUAAUUGUUGAUAACUAUUAGAUUUUCUAUCAUGUUUUAUCACAUUGCUCUUGAACAUGAAGUUCAACUUCAUCCGAAGUAUUUUGGUCCACAACUUUUAGAUGUUGUUAAACAAAAGCUUUUCAGUGAAGUCGAAGGCUCUUGUACUGGUAAAUAUGGUUUCAUCAUCGCUGUGACUACAAUUGAUCACAUUGGUCAUGGUUUAAUUCAACAGAAUACUGGUUUCGUUUUAUAUCCAAUCAAGUAUCGUGCCAUUGUAUUCAGACCAUUCAAAGGAGAGGUUUUAGAUGCUGUUGUCACCCAAGUAAAUAAAGUUGGUAUUUUCACCGAAAUUGGACCUUUGUCUUGUUUCAUUUCUAGACAUUCAAUUCCAGCUGAUAUGCAAUUCGAUGCCAAUCAAUCACCGCCAUGUUAUAAAACAGUUGACGAAGAUAUUGUUAUCCAACAAGACGAUGAGAUACGAUUGAAAAUUGUUGGUCUAAGAGUUGAUGCUAAAGACAUUUUCGCCAUCGGUACUUUAAUGGAUGAUUAUCUUGGUCUCAAUUGAAGCUCUUUCUCUCUCUCUCUCUCUCUCUCAACAAUCCAGUCAUUCAUCAUCUUAAAUUCAUUCAAAUGUUGACCUUUUUUCUUUCUCUUUCCUUUCCUCUCUUCUCAUCAAAUCGAAUCAACAUCUUUUCAUCUUUUUAUUUUACAUAAACUGUUUGUUUGAAAAAUGAAGAGAACCGAAUAAAUUAGCUCAUACAAAUCAA